AUGAGGGUCGGAGGCAGCCUGACACCGGGCGAGUAUGUAUUCAAGCAGAAAGCGGCUCCCUAUCUCGAGGUGAGUUACAGAAUACGCUCUGACGAGUAUGGAGAUAUGAGGGUUAAGUGCAAGGAGCGUCGAACCUCUCGUUUAAGUUUCAAGCUUUCCCGCCGCACUAAGGGUCUGUUAUACGAUCACUAUGCUGUGGAGCCGGCCGGCGCUGGUACCUUAUACCAAUUCCUCCACCAGGUCAGGAAUGUUUGCCCGACCAUACGUUUGGAUGCUGACGACCUAUCGAAAGUGGUCUUUGCCACUGAGAAAACUAUCUUCGUGAGUCUCGGAAGGGCUCGCCUGGCUCUCUCCAUCGGAGGUGCGUAA